UUAUAUAUGUAAGAAAAAUAAAAUGAAAUAUUCGAAAUACUUCAAAAAUAAGUAGAUGAAAGAAAAUAAAUGAAAAAGUAAGAAAUGUUUUAACUAAAGAAAUAAAAAAUAGCUGAAAUAAAAUAAGACAAAAAAAAACUUGUAAAUAAUGCAAUUUACUAUUAUUUGGAUAGACUGAUGGUUUAGUUAAACAUCCAAAUAAGUUUUACCCAUAGAAAGGUGUAGGAUAAUAUUUUUAGAAAAGUGAUUUCCUUUUGCCUAAAUAAUAAAAAUAAGGUUUAGAGCGAAUCCAAAGUGCAUGGUUACCAACCUAUACUCAUUCUCGUUUAAUUAGUGCAACACCAUUGGAUACAGAACCUUUUUCUCGACCUCCAUCAGUUAAAGAAAAAGUUUGGAGACCAUUCUCAUCUCAACCAAAUAAGCUGAACAUGAUAUAAUUAGUACCUCAUAGUCCUAAAGAUAAUGCAUUAACACCUAAAAAAAAUUCAAUGGCUUUUGAUUCAGGCGAAAAAAUAGUUCCAAUUAAACCAUUUAUACCGACAAGAAGAAUAUUUAGUGCAUUUCCUAAAUGAUUCUUUAAUAAAAUAUAUUAUGAC